AUGGAUAGGAUGGUGGAGAGGUCGGAUUUGGCAGCUCUGGAGUUCCUAAUGUCUAAAAAACCAAGAGGGAAAGUCAGAAUUGGUGCUGGGAAUACAAUUGGUGCUCGUACCUCUAAUAUUUUCGACGAUUUGGAGAAGUUCCAGUCCAGAUAUGCCUUGAAUAAAGCUUCCUCCAAGGAAUCGGAUAUCUACUGGGAAGCUAAGGCCUCGGCUGUUCACGCAAUCAGAUCGGUAACAAACUGGUUAUACUGGCAAACACCUCCCGGCGGAACUACUGGACAACAUUUUCAAAAUUUAACACCUUCUGAUAAGAACUCUGCUGAUCCCAACAUCGAAAAGAUCAGGGAUGUUGCGGAGGCUAGGAAACAAGCAAGAGAGACUAUGAGACAUUAUCCUGCAGUUUCAUCCAACUACCUUACUGAAGGUGAAUACUGGGAUCCAUCCAAACAUGCAUUUGCCACAAGCAUGAUGGAAUCGGAAUCUGAAAUGCCAUCAUCAGCAUCUCCUUCCACCAAGAAGAAAGAAAAGCUGCCAAACAAGGAUCCAAAAGAUUCGAAACAGAACAGUGAAGGUCAAUCGUUCCUGUGGAGUGUGCCAUUAGUGUUUGGCGUGGUAGCAGCAACUAUAGUUCGAUCAAGGUUAGGGGAAGGUGCAUCAGGUGGAUUGGAAGAGCAUAUAGGUGGUUCUCGGCUUCGGGAUAUUGUCAAUAGCAACUGGUUACAGGUUAUCCUAGCAGGCGUGACAUGGUAUCUGAUUGGUAUGGCUAUAAUGGAACUUGUAGCGACCAUCCGAAGUAGGUUGCAAAAUACUAGAAAAUAG